AUGACUACAUCUGUUGAUGAUGUUGUUGCUACGGUGCUCGAACAAAUCGAAGAGAAAAGUUAUGCAGAUGAAUUUGAGAAGGCUGAUAAAAUAAGACUAGAAGCCAAUCAAUUCUUCAAAGACCAGGCAUAUGAUGUGGCUAUAGAAUUAUAUACCAUGGCUAUAGAGUAUAAUCCAACUGCCACUCUAUAUGCUAACAGGAGUAUGGCUUAUUUGAAGAAAGAGUUGUAUGGUAGUGCAUUGGAAGAUUCUGACUCAGCCAUCGCACUUGAUCGUAACUUCAUAAAAGCUUAUUACCGAAGAGCCACAGCAAAUAUGGCGUUGGGACGAUUCAAGAAAGCUCUGGGUGAUUAUGCUACUGUUGCUGGUGCUCUCCCGAAUGACCCGGAUGCCAAGAGAAAGCACGAAGAGUGCAAAAAAAUUGUUAAGCGAAUGGCUUUCGAAAAAGCUAUAGCUGUUGAUCAUGUGAAGUCUACGAGGCUGAAGGACAUUAAUUUAGAUAGCAUUGACGUGGAGCCCGGUUACGACGGAUUGCAUAUUGGCGAUCAUAUCACCCCUGAGUUUAUGAAAAAUCUUUUAACAAGCUUCAAAGAGCAGAAGAAACUUCAUAAGAAGUAUGCCCUGUAUAUUCUACAGAACUUACAUAAGUACUUGGAGCAACAGCCUACUCUUGUUGAAAUAGAUGUUCCUGAAGAUAGAAAAUUCACUAUUUGUGGUGAUAUUCAUGGACAGUUUUAUGAUCUCUGUAACAUAUUCGAAAUUAAUGGAGUUCCGAGCGAAACCAACCCUUACCUUUUCAAUGGAGACUUUGUGGACCGAGGAUCAUUCAGUGUUGAGACCAUUCUUACUCUUUUCGGUUACAAGCUUCUGUAUCGCGAACACUUCUAUCUUUCUCGAGGAAAUCAUGAAAGUGAUGUGAUGAAUAAGAUGUAUGGAUUCGAAGGAGAAGUGAAGCAAAAGUAUGGUAUGGAAAUGACUGAGUUCUUCACUGAAAUCUUCUGUUUGCUUCCUCUGUGUCAUUUGAUCAACAAAAAAAUCUUUGUUUGCCAUGGUGGCUUAUUCAAAGAUGAUGGUGUCACAUUAGAAGACAUCAAAAAAACCAACAGAGUCAGACAGCCUCCCGAUAGUGGUAUCAUGUGUGACUUGCUCUGGUCUGAUCCUCAAGACUUGCCUGGUCGUGUGAGUUCGAAACGAGGAGUUGGUUGCCAAUUCGGUCCUGACGUAACAGAUGCUUGGUGUAAACUGAAUGGUGUCGAAUAUGUUGUUAGAAGUCACGAAGUCAAACCAGAAGGAUAUGAAAUUCAUCAUAACGGGAAAUGCAUAACGGUCUUCUCGGCCCCCAACUAUUGUGAUCAAAUGGGUAAUAAAGGAGCCUUCAUCACGAUACAAGGAGGAAACUUGAAGCCAAAAUUCACUUGUUUCGAUGCCGUACAGCAUCCUUCAAUUCCACCGAUGUUGUAUGCUAACAAUUUGUUCGGGUUCAAUUAA